GGGCGGAGGGCUGCCAAGGAAAGGAGACGGUGGCUCCGCCAAGGCCUGGAUCUGUAGACAAAUAUCAGACUCUGGAUCUUUGAAUCAGAAGUCUUUGUUGACAAACGUCGGGGCAACAUGGCUCGAGAAAGCCGGUUCUCGUGAACUGUCUUGAGGCUGCUGAGAAGGUCUUUUGAGAGAGGUCUUCCCCGGAGAGACUUUGGCGGAGCAGAUGCUGAAGAUGGAGAUUCCUGACCCCCGGUGAAAGACAGCGACCCAACUGAAAAUAUGGGAAUUGCAAGCCGGGGCCGGACUUGCAGGCAAGGCGGACGGGACCAGCCCCGGGUGGGGCUGCAUCGGAGGUUUUCCUUGGCUGGCUUCUCCCUGACUCUCUCUGUGAUGACGGUCUGCCUCGGGCAAGGCAGCGAAAAGGUCCCCCAGCGGCAGUCGCGGCAGGCCUCCCACGACGAUGGAGCGGGGAGCCGAACGCUCGGGGCCUGGAGCGUCUGGGGGUCGUGGUCGGCUUGCUCUCAGCCCUGCGGCCUCGGGGUCUUGGAAAGGACUCGAUCCUGCCAGUCGCCGUACCAGCGAGUUCCCUGGGCUGGGAGGGUGGAGCCGGUGCCCCACCCCGUUUACCCUCCACAACCGCCCUACCAAGAGGAGCGGGCGGCCAACCCGUACCCGGCCAGACCGGCCUACCCGCUCCACACUGAGAGGAACGUCCGGCCGGCCCUUUCUUUCCCCAGCAGCAGCUCCGUGCUGCCUCUGCACAGCCAGCCCCAGCUGCCGGUGGCCCCCUACAGCCCCCAGAGUCGGUACACCCGGCACGAGGCCUUCCCCGUGGAGGAGGCACCCUCAGCCCAACUGCGAGAGGCGGCUGGCGGCACCCGGAAGGACCCUUCCGCUUCCCGUGAGGCGGUUCCACGCCUGAGUUCUCAGGGGAGCCCGCAGGGCAGGAGAAGACCACCCAGCCGUGCCUCCUCCCAAAGCCUACCCCACUGGGCUGUCGCCGGCGCGGAGACGACGCCCUCCAGACACAGUGGCUCAGCUCAGCCGCCUCUGCGCGAGUCUGUCCCCUUGUUCAAGCCGCUGAGGCGGGAGAGUCUCGAGAGAGGUCUCGGCCCAGACAGGCCGCGUCACGGCAACCGAGCAGACGGCAGCCGGUACCGCUGGGCGGCGGCGCCAACGCAGGAGCCCCCGGACUCAAGAAGGUCUUUCGGAUCUCUGAGAAUCGAUCGCUUCGGGACAGAGUACGGCUUACGGGAAGGUGCCGCUAUUCUGCCUUGCCCUCUUUCACACAGACAGCCAAGCGGCUGACAUUGUGAAGAGGCUGCCCCACGUUUUAAGAGGCACCACGGAGACCGAGCGGGUG